AAAAAGCACAGAUGUUCCCUCUCCCCCUGUGUAACCAAAUCGUAGACCCCUGUUUUAGGCAUACAAAACUCUCCUGUCUUUCAUUUUUGUUUUGUUUCUGUCAAACACUCUCACAUUUUAAUAUAAACGACUACAUCAAAGAACCAUGCAAGAACAGAACAAAGAUCCUAAAGAAGAUUCUAAUAUUGGCUUUAACUGUGAUUGCUCUUCUUUUUCCCCGUCACUCAAAAAAGUUAUUUCCAAUUCACCAGUUCUUGGAUUUCAGGGGGGGAAUGAGAUGUUCCAGCAGGAUGCUUGUGCGGUUACAAAACCUGAAGCAGACCGGGUACAGUUAGAAGAACAUCAAGCUGAAUGUGCAAAUACUUCUAGUGAAGUAUUGUCACUUACACCAGCUGUAAUAUCUGUCCCAUAUCCAGCAUCUGUACCACAAAAGCCACGGUCAAUGCGUGCACUUGGGCUAGUAAUAAACCAGCAAAAUUCUGACUGUGAGACCAGACAUCCACACGUUGUGGAAUCACCCCCUGCUGAUGGCUAUAACUGGAGGAAGUAUGGCCGGAAGCUGGUGAAGGGUUCUAAAAAUUUGAGAAGCUACUAUAGAUGUGUCUAUUCUAGUUGCUGUGCUAAGAAGAAGGUUCAACAUUGUGAUCAAUCUGGUCGUGUCAUUGAUGUUGUUUAUAUAGGUGACCACCAUCAUGAUCCUCCUCAAAAGAAACGCAUCAGGGUUGUAUCAUCUGCUAAGCAUGCCAUAGGCAGUCAAGUUGUAGAUCCUUCGGUUCAGAAGUUAGUUGGGUUGGAUAUUUCUGUCUGUUCAGCUGAUGGCAGACAUUCAUCUCUGCAUGUGCCUGAAUCAGAACAACAGAGUUCAAGCAUUUCAAAUGGAAAUACUGGAGCUAGGAUUAAAGACAAAAGUGAUGAUGAGACAGAGUCAAAACGAUGCUCUGGUUCAAGUGCAGUGGGACCCCAACAAAAUGGCUCCUGUGGGAUUGCCAGCACUGAGGUUCAGGAGAAACAUGGUGCUGAAUCAGGACUGAAAAUAAGGAUUAAAGAAAGAAGUGCACCAUGUUUAGUUCCUGUCUUGAAAACUAUGAAGGAGCCUGAAAUCAUUAUACACACUGUUUCUGAUGAAGGAAGCUCAAAUGAUGGCUAUCGAUGGCGCAAGUAUGGUCAGAAAAUGUUGAAGGGGAAUUCAUUAGUAAGGAGCUAUUACAGAUGCUCAUCUUCAGCAUGCCCUGCUCAUAAGCAUGUUGAGAGGGCCACAGAUGAUGCCACAUCCACCACAGUAACAUAUGAAGGGAAACAUGACCAUGAUAUGCCAGCACCUAAGAAAAGACAAUGUUCAGAAAGUCGGCUUAUUUCCCCAACUGCUUCCACAGAUGAUGCCCGCUGCAAGAAAAACAGAAACUUAUCUAGUAAAAAGCCCUCGAGCAGGUGCUCAGUAGACGGUGGUGAAGUUGAUUUGAUGGGUGAGAAGAUAUCGAAGCUUGGAGGUGAGCAGGCAUUAGAAUCAGCUCAAACCCUUCUUAGCAUUGGAAUUGAUCUCAGGCCUCGCUAAGGAACAAAAUUUUGUAGUGGUUGAUGCAAAUUAUAGUAUUAUCAGGUUGUUUUUCAUGGAAAUUAUAUUAACUCUCUCAUUUCGAGUUUCAAUGAAAUUUCAUAAGUUCCAAUC